AUAACGAUAUAAUAACCAAAUUCUCUACUGUGUUUUAUAAUAAUUAUAAUUUAUUUAAAAAUUAACAAUUUUUUAAAUAGAUAAUUAACUUAAUCAAUACAUUUAAAUGUUAAUAACAUAUAUUCUAAAGCUUUAAGAUUAAUCCAAAGAAACUUUAAUUCAGAGUUAAGGAAUAAUGUUUAGGAAUUUGUACAUGGUCUGCAAAAGGCACAACAUUCUAUCUUAUCAAACUGGUCAUAAUAUAACUAAAAGUAUACCGAUUUUUUAUAAUGUUGGUCAAAGUCGUAAACGGAGUAACAAACAUUAUAAGCCUGAAUUUAAGAAGUUAAGAAGUCAAAAAGUUAUCAAAGUAGAAUUACCUGAUUAUGAAAAAGAUAAACUAGAUGAUGAUAAUUAUAGUCCAGAAUAUUUACGUACUAAGUUUAAAGAAAAAGGUGUGCAACCUGUACGUCAAUGGAUUGAACGUUCAACAUUUAUUAACAAUACUGGACAAAUUAUUGAACCAUAUGUUCCACCCGAAGGAGAUGGAAAAAUAUCACCUAUAAGCACAGCUGGAGCUAAACAAAAAUUGGAAUUUUUAAAAAAGAAAAAAGAAACAUGGCAAGCUUUAAGGAAAAUACGUCAAAAUGAGGAAGAGUUUGAAUUAUAUCCAGAGUUUAUUAACCUUGCUCAAGAUAUUUAUAUUAAAGCACAUAAAACUAUGGCUGAAAAAGAUAAGAAAAAAUUACUUCAGUAUGUUACAGAAAAAGCUUAUGUUGAAAUGAUUCAUAAUAUUGAUGGUAAAACAUUAAGAUGGUCAUUCAUAAAAUCCAUUGAGCCUCCACGAGUAGUUCAUGCAAGAGUUACUGAUAUAAUCACUCAAGAUAAUUUGUUUGCACAAUUAACUGUGAGAUUUCAUAGUCAACAAACAUUAUCAGUUUUUGAUCGUUUUGGGAGAUUAAUUUUUGGCAGUGAUGUUAUAGUUAAGAAUGUACUCGAGUAUGUAGUUUAUGAGAAACAUAUAGUAAAUCAGUAUGGCUUAUGGAGAAUACAUGGCAAAAUAAUUCCAGACUGGAUGCCUCCCAGAGAACCUGUUAAUAUAACAUAUCCUUUAAUACAGGAAGACACAAAUUUAAUACAAACAGCAUUGGAUAGUCAACCUGAUGAAGGAAAAUCUAAAAUUGUUUUACCAGAUGCAUAGAAAUUAAAAUAAAAAAGUAUAAUAAAAUAGAUAUCAAAAAAAAAUUCUGAUUUUAUCUUUUGUUUCAAAUUUUCAUAAUACAUACAAUAAUAAAUUAUAAAAAUAUAUUUUAAAGUGUCUAAUAAUAAAAUAUUUAUAUUAAAAAUUAAUAUAUAAAAAUCCCAUUCCAAAAUGUACUGAAUGUACAAAAAUACAUUUAUAAAAAAUCUUAAAUUAAUUAUACAAUUUAUUUUUUAGUUAAAAAAUUUAAUUAUAUAAAAUAAACUACUCAAACAAAACUGCUUGUUGGGUUGUCCAAAAAGACAGGUUUUUUUAUGCUGUUAUCUGAAUUUUUUUUAACAAAUUGGUCAUUUAAUAAAUUUUUAGGUUUUGGUGGCAAUGGAGGAGGCAGUUGAUUUACUAUUUUAGUUCGAGUUUCAUUUAUUGGAUUAGGUCGUUUAAAUUCUUCAUCAUUUUGAGAUGUAUAAAAACGAGCUGACUCUCUACAAGGUCUACUCCUAUCACUCAAUCUCAGUGAUUUACGUUGUUUCUUGUUGGUAUCUGAAUUUUCAUUAUCUUUAUC